GCCUUGACUUUCACUUCAUGUGGGCUUCCUCCUAAGCUUCUUCUCAACUUAGAAACCGCUGGCUAUGACUUUCCCACUCCUAUCCAGAUGCAAGCAAUUCCAGCUGCUUUAAGCGGCAAAAGUGUGCUCGCCUCAGCCGACACCGGCUCUGGGAAAACAGCUUCUUUUCUUGUUCCUAUUAUUUCUCGUUGUACAACAUAUCGCUCUGAGUAUCCCUCAGACCAGAGGUGCCCCUUGGCUAUGGUUUUGGCUCCAACUAGAGAGCUCUGUGUCCAAGUUGAAGAUCAGGCAAAAAUGCUCGGAAAGGGACUGCCAUUUAAGACUGCACUCGUUGUAGGUGGUGACCCCAUGUCUGGACAACUCUACCGCAUUCAACAAGGUGUUGAAUUGAUCAUUGGUACCCCAGGCCGAGUUGUGGACCUUCUAGCAAAGCACACCAUUGAAGUUGAUAACAUCAUGAUGUUUGUGCUGGAUGAGGUUGACUGCAUGCUUCAGAGAGGCUUCAGGGAUCAGGUGAUGCAAAUAUUUCAGGCCUUGUCACAACCGCAGGUCUUGCUGUUCUCUGCAACAGUCUCGAGUGAGGUGGAGAAGGUGGGAGGGUCUCUAGCGAAGGAAAUCAUUUCG